CCUUAGGUGACUGUCUAGCUAAGCUUCAGGCAGUGAGUUACUGGUCUGAUUGACUCCCCCUCAGUCUGGUGCAUCUGUCCUGGCAGUCGUGUGUGCUGCAGGCUGGGAGCAGGGGAGGUGAGUGCUGCCACUGCCUGAGCUGUCUCAGCUCUCCUGCCCAGCUCACUACCCUCAGGCAUGCAGCUGCAGGAUCAGCACUUGCUGAUCAACUCCUGGCUUUCAAGAUUAAAAGACAAAGGUAAAGAAGAAAAAAUUGGUGUGCUGUUUUAAAGGAACACCACGCGUCUGGCAAAAUUUUGAGAAGGCUCAAGGCGUUAAAGAAAGCUCAUCUAAAUAAAGGAGGGUUAACGUGACAUUGCAGUUACUUAAUCCUGUAUUGUCCUGCCAUGUGACUGCAGGGAUACUGAGGCGCAGCAUUUCUUUUGCCUGGUGCACAGAUUAUGCUUUUCCUGUCAUCUUCCAGAAUCAGUUGCUUUGUUGAACACGCCAUGGGAAAGAAACAGAGGGGCAGCGUACUUUUUACAGCAAGGCUUCCACACACAGUGAUAUUUCCAAGGUACAGUGACAAGCUCACAGACUGAAGAAUGAAUCAAAGGCAGUCCCUACAGUCAGCUUUUGGACUUUUACCAGAAUCAAGGAGAACGACGCUCUUAAGUGUCCAUAAUGUGCAGGGCUUGCAUAUUGAUAUAGAAUUACUUCAUUUAAACUUCUCAGGACAUCUUGUUAAAUGGGGAAGUGAUCACCCUGUAGACUAUGACAACAGGAUAUGUGAAUGAAGGAAGUCUUGGAAAAUACCGCUGUUCCAGGUGGCAUCACGAGGACAGCAGAGAUGAUGAUGGGCGCCCAGAGUGCCACGAAGGAGAUGAAGAGGGCAAACAGCACAGACUGACCCCAUUUGAGAAACUGAUGCAGGAUAUGUCUCAUAAUGAAAAGGUGGUGAAAGAAUUAACACUGGGAAAGAGAAUUGCCUUCUAUCGAGUCAGAGGAGAAAUAGGAAGUGGGAAUUUCUCACAAGUGAAGCUUGGAAUUCAUUCCCUAACCAAAGAGAAAGUUGCAAUUAAGAUUUUGGACAAGACAAAGCUAGACCGGAAGACUCAACGUUUGCUGUCUCGUGAGAUAUCCAGCAUGGAAAAGCUGCACCACCCAAAUAUCAUCAGGCUGUAUGAAGUGGUGGAGACACUCUCAAAACUGCACCUGGUGAUGGAGUAUGCAGGAGGUGGGGAGCUCUUCACUAAAAUCAGUACAGAAGGAAAGCUGCUAGAAACAGAGUGUAAAAUAAUCUUCUCCCAGAUUGUGUCUGCUGUGAAGCACAUGCAUGACAACAAUAUCAUUCACCGAGACCUGAAAGCAGAAAAUGUCUUCUAUGCCAGUAACACCUGUGUUAAGGUGGGAGACUUUGGAUUCAGCACAAUAAGUAAAAGAGAUGAAACUUUAAAAACUUUCUGUGGCUCUCCUCCUUAUGCUGCUCCUGAACUCUUCCGAGAUGAAAACUAUAUUGGCAUCUAUGUAGACAUUUGGGCACUGGGAAUCCUCUUAUACUUCAUGAUGACAGGCAGCAUGCCAUUCCGGGCAGAUACAGUAGGCAAACUGAAAAAGUGCAUUCUUGAAGGGACAUACACUUUGCCUCCCUGCCUCUCAGAAAACUGCCAGAAACUGAUAAAAGGAGUCCUUCAGCCAGUACCAACCAAGAGAUACUCUGUCAAACUGAUUAUGAACAGUGAAUGGAUGCAAGGAAUACAGUUCCCCAAACCUUUACAGACAUUUAAACUGGAUCCAAAAUAUUUAUCAGACAUCAGUACACUAAAAGAAGAAGAAAUUGAAGUGAAAAAUAUUCUGGAAGACCUUGGAAUCACAGAACAGCACAUUCAGAACAACCGGGGAAGAGACGCGCGCAGCUCCAUAACGGGGGUCUACAGAAUUGUGUUGCACAGAGUACAGAAGAAAAGGGCACUUGAAUCUGUUCCUAUCAUGUCCCAGCCAGAUCCAAAAGAAGACAACUCAAGGAACGGAAUCACUACUUACAGUGGCUUUAAGCACACAUCCAAGCUGUGUUCUAUUUUAUAAAAUUGCACUGCAGGCUUUUUGCUCAGCAUAUUUGACAAAGGGGAUUAUUCACUUAUCCUUAAGCUUUAGUGUUCUUUUGUAAUUUUUGAAUAAACCAAAAAUGCCUCAUUUUCUUUGCUUUUGUCAAUUAACAGUGAAGCACUCAAAAACAGAGCUCUUGUGCAUUUGUUUAACCCUUUCUCCAUAUACUUGGUAUAGCCAGUGCAAGAACCCAGUGACUGAAAAGAUCAUGAGUGGAGGGGAUCUUUUAAUAAACACCAUGCUACUGCACUUAACCCACUUGGGAGAUUCUCUGCACAGACAUCUAACUGCUAACUUCUGAAAGCUGUACCUAAGCUCAACACUUCACCAUUGCAAACUGGGACAGUUGCAGAAACUAAAUUUAAGCAGAGACCAGACUAAUCUAAUCAAUUGCAAAUUCUUUUGAACUUCCUCAUCAAAUUUAACAAGUUAAUUUUUAGAAAGCAUUUUAUUUCCUUUCAAGAAACAUCAAAGCUGUUGUUGGCUGCAGUUCCCAACUUGUCACGAUUCCAGAAGACAAAUCAGGAUUCAGUACUUUAACCCUGUAUGUGCGUGCCUGACUGGUUGGGCUACCAUCAGUUACCCUUCUGACACCUUCCACUGCUUGCAUGAUUCUGCCACUCUGGAACUGCUUGGACUCCACCUGCAUUCCAAUAAAGAAAGAUUUAAGCAUAUUCCAAAACCCAUGUGGUUUUAAGUUCUUGCCUUAGCCCUAGUUACCAGUAGCUGAAUGCAAGCAGCAGCAAAAUCUGCUUAUAUUCACUGAGCAUUACAGGC